UUGCUCGAUCGGCACAAACCACGAUUUGAACCAUUCAGUUUCUCAGUCUAGCCGAGUGAAGACUAGAAGUGAGCUUAAAAUGAUUCUCGAAGAUACGGUCAAGUUCCGGAUGAGUGCCAAAACUCCCGAAGAUGUUGCCAACUGGAAACUGGCUUACAAUUUCAUCAUCGAGACCAAAUAUUUCCUGGAGCACUACGACAGCAUCGUGGAAACGUGGGAUUUGUGCGAUCAGGAGUUUCUGAUGUUGCUGUGGCAGGUCGAGGAAUUGUUGGCAGACGUUAUGUUCAAAUAUACCACCGUUACGACGGAAUACAUUAGGCCGGUCCAUCUGCCCAAGGUGGAGAUUCGUUGCUGUGAUAUUCAUUUCGAUAAAUCUUCCCACCUGGCGAAGCAUUAUUACACAGUACAUCACACGCGAACAAAGUUGGACAACAUACGUUACAUUGAGAUGAAAGCCGGCAUCCUGAAGUUGGACUUCUACCGUCGAUGUCUAAAGUAUUACGCACAGUACGGCACCUGGGCCGACAAUGUACUGUGUCUGUACCUGAAGCGCAUCUACCGGAAGGUAAACUUCACGCUGGAUCCCUUCCGGGAAUCCGAUGACUCAUCCAGUAAGGUUUCCGUUGCGGCGACGGAAACGGAACCCGACGAGGAUGACGACGAAGAACCCGACGAGGAAGCGGAACCGGAAUUGGAAUGAAUGUGGUUUUGUGAGAGCCGUUUUCUAGAAUUUAAGGCAACAUGUUUGUAAAAUGACUGAACGCAUUACCCUAGGAUGUAAGAUUUGUAAAAAAAAAAUUCUUUAAAAACAAAUGUGAUGUCAAGGCUUUCGGUGAUGUUUUUGCACAGGAAGCAAUAACCGUUAUCUUCGAUUAGCAAUAGAUUUAAUUUAUCUGAA